AUGAAUGAUCGAGACGAUUUUGCUGAAUUAGUUGGUAGCGCACGAAAUGUGACUAAAUGUUCAUCAUUUUAUUUUUAUGGUCGCAUUCGUUAUGGAACAAAAGGUGAAAAAGUUGAAGAAAGAUUUUUGUGUAUGGAUCAUGUUCGUGUGUAUAUUUGUUCAAUAAAAAUUCCUGUUAAAAUUGAAUCACAAUUUAAUAUUCUAUCGAUUAAAUCAAUAGAACGAUUAAAUGAUUCACAUAUUAUUAUUGAAACAGAUGCCAAACAAAGUCAUUCAUUAUAUGGUCUUCAUGAUAAAGCAUCAUUACAACCACUUCUUAUUAUACUUAUUCGAACUAUACGUGCUGUUUUUCCACAUAGAUUACAAGCAAUUGUGGAUAUUCGUCCAGAGAAUGAAUAUGAUAGAUUAUUACGUUUAUCAAAUGAAUAUUUUGAUGAUAAAUCAAGUGAUAUUCAUAUAUGUGGAGGCUUUUCCCAUCGUUAUGAAUGUGCUUGUGAUUUUUAUCAAACUCAAUGUCAUCGAUCAGUACAAAAUCUUGUUGAUACAGUAUUUGCUCAUCGUACAUCACGUGAAUUUACAUUUCGCGAAUUUGAAUCAUUUAAUCAAAAAGAUUGGUUACCAAUUAUUGGUGCAUUACGUCAUAAUGAAUGGUUUAUAAAAUUAACAAUUGAA